CAAACAAUCACUGGAGUAAACCUUUUCAUUUGUAUCAAAUAAAUAAAUACACAACUGGCAAAAGUUUUGUAAACUGAAAGGCGCAUAGAUAUAAUGGACUCUACGCAGCCGGAAUCUGAACUGCUGGGUGAAGAGGAGGAUGUGGACAACGAGGAAAACAUAUCCUUUCCGCGCGAUAUCAUCACCGUAGAACACUCCUUUGGCUACGACUGCAAGAAACUCUUCAAUUUGGUAUUGGUGGACUCGGAUACGCUGGUUUUUGGCUCCGGAAACUUCCUCAAUUACUUUAGCAUUUCGCGUCAGGAGAUUUCGUUUCAGGAAACAGUCUACGGCUGCGGAGUUGGGUUUAUCACGAAAAACGAACAUCCGGACUACACCGAUCUCUUUACGGUGGGCGAGAACGGGCCAAAGCCCACGAUUUUCAUCUACGAGUAUCCUUCGCUGAAUGUGCGUGUGAAGCUUCUGAAUGCGGCCAAGACUUGUUUUACGGCCGGAUCUUACAACAAGACCGGGGAGUUGUUUGCCUCGCAGGCGGGAUAUCCGGAUUUCGUGAUCACCAUUUGGCGCUGGGAGCAGGUGGAGGUGGUGCUGCGUGCCAAGUCCUUCCAGAGCGACAUCCUGUUCGUGCACUUCUCGGAGUACAACCCCAUCCUGCUCUGCUCGUCGGGUCUCAGCCACAUCAAGUUCUGGAAGAUGGCACACACCUUUACGGGCCUGAAGUUGAAGGGGGAUCUGGGUCGGUUUGGCAAGACGGACUUCAGCGACAUCUAUGCCAUGUACAUGCUGCCGGACGAGAACGUGAUCUCUGGCAGCGAUUGGGGCAACAUGCUGCUCUGGCAGGCGGGACUCAUCAAGUUCGAGAUCUGCCGGAAGGGUCGCAAGCCAUGCCACACGAAGCCCAUCACCAGGAUAACCAUGAAGAACGGUGAGGUGACCACGGUGGGCAUGGACGGUUACGUUCGGGUGUGGUACUGGGAAACAGUGGACCUGGCCGAUCCGCCCGAGGAUGAUUUAUUCGUGGAGAUCGAUCCCAUUUACGAGUUCAAGAUCGCCGAUGUGGAGCUACGCUGCAUGCAGAAAAUCCAUCCCUUCGAUGAGUCCGACUUCACCCACUAUGCCCAGGAUGGCAAUGGUGGGAUUUGGUUCUGCGACAUCAACACCUACGAUGUGCCCCAGAAGCCGAGGAAACUCUACUCCUGCAUUGGCGGCCGGGUGCUCACCGCCCAGAUGUCACCGGUGUCGCCGCACUUUCUCUGCAUGUCGGAGAGCGGCAAGCUGUUCGUGUAUCAGUACGAGGAGCAGCGUCUGAUACUGGAGAAGCAGUUCCCGGCAGAGGGAGUGGAUGUGCUCUGGCUGGACACCCAGAUCUCGGUCAAGGGCACGGAAAUUGUGGCUGCCUUUAAGGACGGCAUCCUGCGGCAAUUGUAUCUGGACCUCAGCGGCGAGCGGCCAACCAUGACGCGGGUGAGAGCCUUCAAGGCACACACAUCCCCAAUCACCGGACUCACCGUGAACCGGACCAGCAAGCUGCUGCUCACCGGCAGCGCCGACAAGAGCAUAUUCAUCUACAAGCUGGGCCGGGAUGCAAAUCAGUUGGUGGACAUGCAUCCAGUGGGUUUCGUCCAGUUUGCCGCCAUCCCGAACUGCUUCUACUGGCACGAGCUGGCGCCCACUGUGGUCCUGGUGGGCUGCAAGAGUGGCGAACUGUACGAGUACAAUAUCCGCACUGAGGUCACCCAAGAGGAGACCCAUCUGUCCUACAACAUCACAGAGGAGUCGCGCAUGCGCAGUACGAAAUUUGCGUCCAUCAAAAGCCGCAUCCGUAGGGAAAUCAAUCGGGAAAACAUUAAGAAGCGGAAGGAACGCAAGCGGGAGCGCAAGAUGAACGAGGUCGAGAAACUGAAGAAGGCCAAUCCCGGCCUGCAGAUCGACAUGGAGUCGGCACUGGCCGACUCCGAACCGGACGAGGAGGAGGAGCCGCUUCACAUCCCGGCCGUGCCCAAUGCCAUCAUCUGGAUGCGCUAUACGGUGAGGGACACCAUCUGGGUGUCCAUGGCUGGCUACGAUGCCGGCUACAUCUACGAGCUGGAGUUCGGUGCGCCCGAGCCCUCCUAUGCCACCAUCAUAGCGGAUGGGGAUGACAUGGAGAUACACUCCUACUGCAUUAUCGACGACUUUAUCAUCUUUGGCCUCGUCAACGGACGCAUUCGAAUCAAUCGCAUCAAUCCGGAGAACUUUACGGACCUUUCCGAGUACCGUGUCUAUCCCAUGCACGAUGGCCUGAAGGGCACCAUUCCAAAGAUCGACAUCAGCUUCAAUGGCGAACAUCUGCUGAGCGUUGGCUACGAUGGCAACGUGUUUCUGCACAAGUGGAGCGGUCAGAAGAUCGUAAGGAACAAACGGCGGGACAACUUGCCACCGCUGCCGUCUGAAGUUAGACAGAUCGAGGACAUCGACGUGGAGGCACCAUCCCUGGAGCAGGAGAAGAUCAACGCGGAGCUGCGACGGCAACAGGAAGCAGCCGAGGCGCACGAUCGCGAUGUCCUGACCAAAAUCGGAUUGCUGCAGAACGUCUACUUCGACAUCAUCAGGCAGAAUGAUGAGCUGCCUCCGGGUCUGAGGGCCAAGGACACCGAUUUGCUGCUGGACGAGCGCAUCACACGGCAGAUUCGAGAUGAGCUGCAGGCCGAACUGGAUGAUGUGCGGGAGGAUCUGGCCUACGACCUAGAAUUCGCCCAGGUGGGGCAUACAAAGCUUUACAAUCAUUUCCUCAAGGACCUAGUCCAAAUACCCUUCACCGUCAAUCCCUUGCGUGCCAAAAUUCCGGGUGUGUCCACGUUUCGCCUACAGGCUCUGGGCGAAGAGCACGAGCAGAUCAAGAAGGACAUCGAGGAGCGCCUGAAGCUGGAGCACGACAUGGGCCUUUAUAGAGAGGAUCGGGUAGCAGAACAACCGGAAGUACUUCAUGACCUUGUGGAGGACGAGAGAUCGGACGAAUCCAUUGGAGAGCCUCCGCCGGAGUUCUUCUUCUUCGGCCGGGAUCCGAAGAGCAUCGAGCCGCGGUUCAGCAAGAAGAUGAUGCGCCUCCUGAAUCGCUACCGGAAACGUCAGCUUUACGAGGUGCGCCGCAUCUUCGACUGGGACAAGCUGGAGCGCCAGAAACCGGACCCCAAUCGCAACCAUCCGGAUGACGAUGCCCAGAUCGAGGAUGCCAAACGCAACAUGGGCGACUUUAAGCUCAAGAUCGGGGCGGACUACGAGCCCAAAUCGGAGGAGACCCUCACCCAGAAGUACAUAGAGAUCGUGGAGUGCCGCGAACAGUACUUCGAGAUGGUGGACGCCUUCAAUCAGUUGGUGGUGGACCUGCGCGAACGCAAGGCCGAACUGGAGCAGUUCAUCAGCGCUAAGAGAUCGCGUCUGGAAACGAUUCAUAGCUACCUGCCUGAACCGGAUCGGCUGCCUCUGGAACCGAUUCAGCAAACGGACAUGGACCUGGAGUAUCCGGAACUCAAUCUCAUCGAGAACCACGCUCCCGGCUGCGGUGUCGAGAUCAACGACAUCCUCACACUGGACCACACCGUGGAUCAGGUGAUUAAACAAAAAAUUCCAUUGAGGUCUAUGACCAAUAUAAGCCUCUACAGCAUGCACGCCUUGGAUGUGCCCGAACUGCACGAGUAUUGCGCCUUCACGAUGCUCCAGAUCUCGAGGCUGGAGAAGAGUCUGCCCAAUGCGGAGCUGACCGAGGAGUUGCUGAAGCUGCCGCCGAUCAGCGAUCCGGCCUACUUCGAGUCGAAUGCGGACAACGAGGCGCCCUAUAUGAUGGAGACACGUCAUCGCUGGCUGCGCCACCUCCUUGUGGAGCAGGCUGCCAUCCGGUUGGAGGUGGACGAGGAAGUGCAGCAGUUCGAUAAGGCGCUGGCCAAGCUGCAGGUGCGACGCUUUCAUGUGAAACUGGACGCCGAGUUCAUGACCGCCUACAUGAACAGCCUUAAUCAGGAGCUGUACAUCCUGCGCGACAGCGAGGAGAUUGAGACGCAGUUGCUCCUCAAUGCCAAGACGGCGAUGAGCACGCGGAACGAGCUGCAGGUGGUCAUCAAUACCACGAACAGGCAGUUGGACGAGCUGAGGCGCAACAUUGACAAGCUGGGCGAGCAGAUAACCGCCGUCCAGGUGCUCUUCUCGACCACGGUCAAGGGUCACAAGUUCUUCGACUUCCUGCGUCGCAUCUUCAAGAAGAAGUGGCGUCCACCCAAGGUGGCCAGGGGUGACGACGAGAGCUCUUCCACCUCGUCCUCGUCGUCCUCCUCCAGCGAAGAUGCGCAGGCGGACAACAAGAGUGUCGACUCCCUGGACAUGACCACCAUCCGGCUGGACGAGGCCACCUGUCCCCUUGGCCUGGAUCGAUCCAUUUACGAGCUGGCCUUUGCCAUGCGCUCCGAACGCCACGAACUGGAGCGAAAUGUGCGGGAUCUUCAGCGGGAUGUGGAGACCAAGCGCAGGGAAAUCGCCGAAAUGCAGAUCAGGAUGAAGUUUCACGAGGAGGUGUAUCAGCGCGAGAAGAAUGCCCUCUUGCAGUUCAGGCGCAAUCGCCAGCAGGAGGUCAACAAGGUACAUAUCAGCGCCAUUCUGCGCAUGGACCAACUGCAGCAUUUCUAUGAGGGCACCGAUUACCGUGAUUUGUCCAAGGCCAUUCUCUUCGACGCCGACAUGCUGGUGGAGCUGCGCCGCCGGGCGGAUCAGCUCAGCGACGAGACGCUGGCCACCAAGCGCUGGCACCGCAUCAACUUCAUCCACUUGAGGCGCAUGAACACGGACAUCAAGUUCAUGAGGUUUGAGAUCACGCGUCUGGAGGAGGAGAUCCGUCAGGCUAUGAUGAAGAAGUUCGGCAUCAUUGUCAAUCUGGAUGAGUUGGAGGAGGAGGUCCUAAGGCGCUACAUCUUUGACCUGGAAACCAAUGCUGAGGAUGAGCUAAUGGCCCUGGAAAAGGAACUGUUGGAGAAACAGAAAGAACUCUCUCGCUGCGAGGAGGAACUGGUCCUGGAGACCCAGAACAACACCGAAAAGGUGAACGUAAUGACCGUACUGCGGGAGGAGAAGAACAUCCUGUGCACUCUGUUGGACAUCCAAAAUCGCAACUACGAAAAGUGGAGCAAUCCGAAAGUGCUGAAUCUGUCCUACGACAUUGAGAAGCUCAGGGGCAUUGAGAAAUCCCUGCUGGAGCAGAUUGAAUGCCUGGAGAGGGAGAUUUGUGCUUUGAGACUGAAAUCAAAACCACUGCAGAUCAACAACGAAUUCGAGUUGGAUCCCAACGCGCCACCAGUGGUGACCAGUGAAAUAAUGCCCAACGAUGAUCCAAUUGUGUGCCCUGCCAUCCUGAAUGUGGAUGCCUAUAUGCUGCCACCCAUGCCCGAUGAGUUCAUCAUGGACCGGGUGCAGACGAUCGUCCAGAAGAGUUUCAAUCGUUUCUUUGGCAAGAACACCACUCCGGAGAAUGUGCGAAAGUUUGCCCAGAGGUCAUCGCUGUAUUUAUGUCAAGCAGCCUACAGUUUCCAGGGUCGCUAUACGGAUCGCAUUGCCGAGUGCAUCACGGAGCAUCUGCAGACGAUUGUGCCCAAGAAGUACUUCAUCCACAUCAGCGGCGAGGAGCUGCGCAAGCUCUUCAACGAGGUGGUGGCCGUCUUCGACUACGAACGCUCAGACGUGAACACCGAGGAACUGAUCUCCGGGAUCUUCGAUCAUGCCAAGGACUCGCUCUGCGCCCACAUCCACCUGGGCGAUGCCGAGGUGGUCAAUCGCACCCACUUCAUCGUGGCCCACAUGUUCAAGGAGCUGGUCGAGGUGCUGCCCCUGGAGGAGUUCCAAUCCGACGAGACCCUUCGCAUGAUCGUGGACGUGCUGGAGCGUGAACCGAUGGUAGAUCCACGAGCCAUAAGCGUGGAGCAGCUCAUCAAGAGCACGCUGCAGCAUGCCCAGGAGAAUCUGCUGGACGGGAUUACGGCGGUUCCGGUCCGCAAACUGGGCAGCUCCAUCCAGCGGGACCUGAUCAAGCGGCGCCAGUACAAGCAGCCCAGUUGCGAGUCGCCAAUGUCGGUGAGGAUCGCCACAAAAAAACCGGGACACGGUACUGGACUUCCUUUCUAGAAGACGUAGGUUUUUAUUGGACUGUUCAGAUUUCGGCAAAUUCAAAUACAUUUUUAAAAAAAUUA